GCAAAGACCUUAAUCAGGAUCACACAACAAUAAUGAAUGGAAACACGUCGUAGCCAAGAAAGUUGAGCAGCAACUAAAAGUAACUGUUUGUUGGCAUUUGAAAUUUACCUAUCGCAGGGGGGAAAUCACCUGUAAGUAAUGGAUUGGCCGGGGAAAUUAGAAAGUACUUUCUGGAGAAGAAAGCUGCUGUACUUUUAUUGUUACUUUUGAAAGUAAGUUUUGAAGGGAAACUACAGUGGAGCACACUGUAAACCUAAAACGCGUGAGUAAGUGAGUGUAAAUGGCAUUUUGGGACAUUGAUACGAGACUACUGCGCUGUCAGCUGUUCAUCUGGAAAAGUGGAUUCUUUGGAUCAAUCCGUUAAUGAUAUUGUUGGAAUAUUUGGAAGGUUCUUUUUAAUUUUUUUUUACUUGGGAUUUAUCAUCACUGAAAGAAGCUGGGGGGAAAAUGGGUAAUAUAGAGAGUGUGGACGGCCAGUCGGAGAUGAAGCAUCACAUCAUGCCUCUGAAGGUGCCCAUGCCUGACCCCACGGAGCUGGAGGAGAAAUUUGCCAUUGUUUUGAAUUCUAUGAACCUUCCUCCAGACAAAGCCCGGCUCCUCAGACAGUACGACAAUGAGAAGAAGUGGGACCUUAUCUGCGACCAGGAGAGGUUUCAGGUGAAGAAUCCCCCUCACACCUACAUCCAGAAGCUACGAGGAUACUUAGACCCUGGAGUCACGCGAAAGAAGUUUCGCAGGCGGGUGCAGGAAUCUACAAAAGUCUUGAGGGAGCUGGAGAUCUCACUGAGGACAAACCACAUUGGGUGGGUUAGGGAGUUCCUCAAUGAUGAGAACAGAGGUCUUGACGUCCUGGUGGAGUACCUCUCCUUUGCCCAGUGUGCUGUUAUGUUGGAUUUUGAGGGGCUGGAGAAUGGGGAGGAUGGCUUUUUGGACAAGGCAAAAUCUUGGAGCAGGUCUAUAGAGGAUCUGCAUCAUACGAGCACCCAACCCUUCUGCAACACACUGGUGCGCUCUGCCCGCCAGUCUGUCCUCCGCUAUGGCACGGUUUCGAACAGCAAAACCAUCAAGAACUCCCGCCUUGUGAGCCAAAAAGAUGAUGUGCAUGUGUGCAUCAUGUGCUUGAGAGCAAUCAUGAACUACCAGUAUGGCUUCAAUAUGGUCAUGUCUCACGCACACGCAGUCAAUGAAAUUGCUCUCAGCUUGAACAAUAAGAACUCACGGACAAAAGCCUUGGUCCUUGAGCUGCUGGCUGCCGUCUGUCUAGUCCGAGGCGGUCACGAGAUCAUCCUCUCAGCAUUUGACAACUUCAAAGAGGUGUGUAAGGAGAAGCAUCGCUUUGAGAGACUGAUGGAUUACUUCCGCUGUGAGGAGGGAAACAUUGACUACAUGGUUGCUUGCAUGCAGUUCAUCAACAUUGUGGUCCAUUCAGUCGAGGACAUGAACUUCAGAGUCCAUUUGCAGUAUGAAUUCACCAAGCUGGGACUAGAUGAUUAUCUGGAGAAAUGCAAACACACGGAGAGUGACAAGCUGUCGGUGCAGAUCCAGGCCUACCUGGAUAACGUGUUUGACGUGGGUGGUCUGUUGGAAGAUGCGGAGACGAAGAAUGCAGCUCUGGAGAAGGUGGAGGAACUGGAGGAGCACCUGUCCCAUGUGACGGAGAAGCUGCUGGAGGUUGAGAAUGAAACAAUGAUGAAAGUAGCUGAUCUGGAGAAGGUGCUCAUUCAGAAAGAUAAGGACCUGCAAGUUAUACGGGAGACCUUUGAGUCAACCAACACCCAGGUCAACACCCUGAGGAGGGUGAUCAAGGAGAAGGAUGCCGCCUUCCAGAGGCACUUCAACAUCGAGAGGCGGCUGCUGGAGCUGGAACAGCAAGGCACCAUCCGUUUGCACAAGAAGCCUGAUGGAGACAUUGCCAUUGAGCCGCUGGGAGUCGGGGGUGUGGGCGGUGUUGGGAGUAGCAGGCUUGGGAUCCCACUGAGUGACUUUGGGCAGCUGCCUUUGGGUUCAACAGCUGGGUUAACAGAACCAGGAGGACCAGACACCAGUUUGCCACCAGCCAGUGAAGCUCCUCCACCUCCUCCCCCACCUCCACCGCCUCCUCCUCCUCUUCCCUCUGCCUUAGGCCCGAAUGCACCAGUCCCACCACCGCCACCUCCUCUCGCGCCACCUCUGCCAGACGCGUCUCCCUCUGUUAUCCUGAGUCUGGGUCUUUCAGCUAUCAGAAUCAAGAAGCCCAUCAAGACCAAGUUCCGCCUGCCUGUGUUUAACUGGACGGCCUUGAAGCCCAAUCAGAUCAAUGGCACAGUCUUCAAUGAGAUUGAUGAUGAACGUGUGUUAGAGGAGCUGGAUCUGGAGAAGUUUGAGGAGCUGUUUAAGACCAGAGCACAGGGUCCCAUUGUGGAUAUUACCUGCACAAAGAGCAAAGUAGCCCAGAAGGCAGUAAACAAAGUCACCCUUCUGGAUGCCAAUCGCUCCAAGAACUUAGCCAUCACCCUGCGAAAGGCUAAUAAGACCACUGAGGAGAUCUGCAAAGCAAUAGAGAAGUUUGACCUCAAGGCCUUACCUGUCGACUUUGUGGAGUGCCUGAUGCGUUUUCUGCCCACGGAGUCAGAGGUGAAGGUGAUGCGUCAGUACGAGCGUGAGCGGCGUCCACUGGACCAGCUAGCGGAGGAGGAUCGUUUCAUGUUAUUUUUCAGCAAGAUUGAGAGGCUCACGCAGAGAAUGAACAUCAUCACUUUCGUUGGGAACUUUACUGACAACGUUGGCAUGCUCACACCACAGCUCAAUGCAAUCAUUGCUGCUUCUGGCUCAGUGAAAUCCUCGCCAAAAUUGAAAAAAAUGCUCGAGAUCAUCUUAGCCCUGGGAAACUACAUGAACAGCAGCAAGCGAGGCUGCGUUUAUGGCUUCAAAUUACAAAGUCUUGAUCUGCUGCUGGACACUAAGUCUACAGACAGGAAGAUGACAUUGCUCCACUACAUAGCUCUCAUUGUAAAAGAGAAGUACCCUGAACUGGCCAACUUCCACAAUGAACUGCACUUUGUGGAUAAAGCUGCAGCAGUAUCUCUGGAAAAUGUGCUGCUGGACGUUCGGGAGCUGGGAAAAGGCAUGGACCUGAUUCGGAGGGAGUGCAGUCUCCAUGACCAUUCAGUCCUGAAAGGCUUCAUCCAGGGAAGUGACUCACAACUGGACAAGCUGCAGAAGGACGCCAAGACAGCAGAGGAAGCCUUCAACAAUGUGGUGAACUACUUCGGAGAGAGUGCCAAGACGACUCCACCCUCAGUGUUCUUCCCCGUGUUUGUGCGCUUCAUCAAGGCCUACAAGGAUGCAGUGGAACAAAAUGAACAGAGGAAAAAGCAGGAGCAAGCAAUGAGAGAGAAGUUACUGGCUCAGGAGGCUAAACAGCAUGACCCCAAGGUCCAGGCCCAAAAGAAGAGGCAUCAGCAGCAGGAGCUGAUCGCAGAGCUGCGCAAGCGGCAAGCCAAAGACCACCGACCAGUGUACGAGGGAAAGGAUGGCACUAUUGAGGACAUCAUCACAGUACUGAAGAGCGUGCCCUUCACAGCCCGCACUGCUAAACGCGGCUCACGGUUCUUCUGUGAAGCCAACCUCUGUGACGACGCCAACUGCUAGCCCUUGCCCCUAAUGCCAAGGUUGUCCAGAUCUCCGAAACCAGCCUUUCCUGCGAGCUGACGCGUUGAUCCGGAGCGGUUGGAAGAGACCCUAAACCACUUAUUCGUCACUCAUACUCCCCUCCCCGUUAUAACCUUCCUCUCUUUGUCCUGAUGGUCUGUCUCAACCCUGAGGCUGCAGAUCACAAAAGACUGAAAAAGAGGGACAGGACAGAGCCCUUGUUUUAGCUGGGUAAUUUAUUUAUUUAUGGAGGCCCUUUAAAGCCACUUUAAGUGAGCAGGCAUCAUUACAGAAGCACAAUGGGUCCCUCCUGUCUCACUGCAAAACCCAAGACUGUCCCUGCUCUGUGCCACUGAGAAGCAGACCCGUCAGAGGACGAUUACAAGACAGGUGAGGUGAGUCAAGGACUGGCGGACCACAAAGCAGGAAGAACAGUGCUUUCACUAGCAAGUGCCUGCCAACAUGUGGAUCUUAUUCCCAAGACCGUUAAUUUCCUCAGAUUAUGCAGUCGUAGCAGGACUUAGACUGGGAGGCAGCCAAGGGAAGAUGCCAACUCUGCUGCUGGGAUGUUUGCCUUGAAGACACUUGCAAAACCUUCCUCCAAAUCACAGAGAAGCUUCGAUAUUAUGAGACAUCCGGGGGACCUUUUUCCUAACAUUAAGCCAAGUUGACACAUUCAAUCAAGACUUAAUAUUGACAGUUGUUUUAGAUUCCAGUCGCAUGUAUCUGGGAGGAAAGACCAUUCAUUCCACUGGUUGUUUUGGACAAGCUAGCCAAACCAAAAUUUCUUGAAUGUCUCAUGUGCUUGAGAAGUGCCUUUUUUGUGUAAACAGUGUUAUUUCUCACAAGUCAGCCAUAAUUUGUUUAUUUUACAUCUUUCAUUUGUUAAAGAUUGUAUGUUUUAUUGCCUUGUACUAUAACAUUAGCCUUAUAAUACUGACAAUAAUAUGCAACAGUUGAAAUUUCCAGCUUUAAGGGCAUACAACUAAAAGGUAAGGGGAAUAAUAAUUUUAAAGAUUACUCUCUUAUUUACGUCUCUAAAGCUCAUAACUCGUCCAAGUAGUUCUUAAAAAAACUAAAUGUUAUAUGCCUUGACAACACUUUCUGUCACACUUUAAAAAGUGACAUUUGGGAAGUGACAAAUGUAUGAAGAAGACUCCACAUGGACUGCUGUUUAAGGGCCCAGAUGACAUUAACCUGCUAUAGAUGUGGUGAUGGAUGAAGGACGUUUCCAUUCCUAUGAGGUCUUAUGUAUGAAGCUUUUUUAAAUCUCAUUGUUUUAAUAGAGAUGAUGCAUUUCCUCCUGUUGAAACUUACAUUGGCACAAAGGGAGCGAUACAUCUUUACACUACUUAAUUUGGCUCAACAUUGUAUGAGACACUAUUCUUUAAGUGGACAUUUCUAUUAAUGUACAUUCAAAUCAAGAAAUGUACUUUUAGAAGAAAUGUUUCAUGCUAUUGUCUGUUGACUGAAAGAUGACACUUCCUGUUUAAUAAAUAAGAUGAAUUAUGUAA